AAGGUGUGCUACCACCAGUAAGCACAUCCGGGCUUCUUUCAUGUUUGUCGUUGACUUUUCGAUCGAUUAGUUCGAAGAAGUCUAUAGAAGUGUAUUCAAAAUGGGUGAGAAAGACGGUGAUAUAAUGAAAUCUUCUAGAGAUUCAGAAGAUAAAGGUGCAAUGUAUUUUAUAUGGAAUCCCGACAAAAGAGAAUUUUGUGGACGCAGCGGAUCUAGUUGGUUGAAAAUAGGAGUUUUCUACGUAAUAUUUUAUCUGUUAUUAGCUGGAUUUUGGACUGUUAUGUUAUUAGUAUUCUAUCAAACAUUGGACUAUUACACACCUAGAUGGCAGCUUGGUGAUAGUCGUAUUGGUACAAAUCCUGGUUUAGGUUUUCGUCCCCUUCCUCAUCCAGACAAUGUUGAUAGUACUCUCAUCUGGUUCACACAUGGAAGUGCAAGAGAGUGGGAUUAUUGGGUCACUUCUUUAGAUCAAUAUCUACAGCCCUACACUGGAGGUCGUCAAUUUGGAGAACAUGUACGCUCAUGCGACUUUUCCAGCCACUAUCCUGAACCACAUGUUUGCAAUUUUCAUUUGGAAGAUAUUAGCCAGUUUUGUUCUAAAGCAAAUAACUUUGGAUUCGAUGUGGGUCGUCCAUGCAUUCUACUAAAGAUUAAUCGAAUAUAUGGAUGGAAACCUGAGCCUUAUUCUAACUUCUCUCUGCCAGCGACUAUGCCAGAACAUGUGAGAACAUCAUAUGAUCCCAACUAUGUAUAUAUAUCUUGUGAUGGGGAAAAUCCUGCUGAUAAAGAAAACAUUGGUCCGAUCACAUACUACCCUCCAAAUGGAGGAAUUCCUAAUUACUAUUUUCCCUUCACCAACUUAGAUGGUUAUCUCUCCCCUUUUGUGUUUGUCCGCUUCAUGAAGCCAGCGACCGGCGUCCUAAUCAACAUAGAGUGCAAAGCCUGGGCCGCAAACAUCAAACACGAUCGAACGGAUCGCAUGGGAAGUGUUCACCUCGAACUUUUGAUCGAUUGAGUGUCAUUCUUUCUUUCUAAUGCACUGUUAUUUUAUUUUAAGCAUUACCACUUGACUCCACAGUUAUAGUAGUGCAAGGGUAAAAACAAAAGAAUUUUAUUUUAGAGCCAGAGUUAUUAUAUUGAUACAUUCACUUUUUAGAUGUUUAAAAUGCCUGAAAUGACUAUAUAUGUAUACAGGGGUGAUUGUACUCCAGGUGUACCCCGGAAUUCCGGGUUUUUCGUAUUAUCCCUCUUGGUUUAAAAACUAGGAGCGGGACAUGUGAUUUUUUCACGGUUCUCAAGACCAUUGAUUCGAGGAAGUCCGGGAAUCAAAACUAAUAAUCUGAGAAAUUUUCUAAAAUUAAAAGUUUUGAAACCAUCGCUUAAUCACGUUAACGAGACCUUUUCAUACUGACGACUCUUCUGCUAAUUUUUUUUUUUUCGGUUCAUUGAACUUUUGUCGUUUUUAAUAUUUGACACAACUCUGGAAUCCUUUAAUAUCACAAUUCAUAUUCACGCUAUUUUAAUAACAACCAUCGAUUUUCGUAUUUACCUGGUUUCAAAUUUAUGAAUUUUGAAUUGUAUUCACGCUAUUUAUAAAUCAUACGUGGCAAUUCGUAUUCACAGGAUCUAAAAAUCAUGCAGUUUGUAUUUUCUCGUUAAUAAAUCCAAUGUCGUGAUUCAUAUUCACACGAUUUUAAAACCCAAUUUUGCGAUUUUUAUUUCCAUGUUCUUAAAUUACAAUGUUAUGAUUUUUGUAAGAACUUAGUUUUUUUCUUGAAUUAGUUACUAUAAAAGUGUCAUAUAUUUUAUUGGUAGGAAGUUAAAUUAUAAAUCUUAGUUAAAAAAAAUUAUAUUAAAUCUAAAUGAAAUAUAAAUUGAUCUCUUGUUAUCGAGUUUUUGCAUAUAAAUUUUUCAGGAUUUUUCACUUUGUGUCGCAAUCACCCCUGUAUGUAUAUGUAUAUAUAUAAAUUAUAGAUUUCUUAGUUAAAAUUCUAACUCUUGUGCCUAGCAAAGUGGCCUGCAAUGUCACAUUAUGUCUUAUAUAUCUACAGCCUAGAAUUUUCCUGCCAAUAGGGAUAAAGUGAGGGACAAUCCUCCAAAAAUCUUCUCUAUUUAAUCAUGUUAGAUGCAGUUAAUGUAUUUUUGGGGGAUUUUACACUGGUUAGGUAGAUGCUUUAAUACAAAAAAGAAAGGUGUCUUGUAUAAAUGAUUAUCUAGGAAUGUUGAGUCUCUUAGUUUUAAGCAAAUGGGCUUAUUGAAUAUUUGUAGUGUCCUUUGAAACUUCUUAUGUACAACAAUAAGUUCUUGUGUGCCUAUCAAUUUUUACAUAUGUUUUAAUGAAAUAAUUGUGAUACAAAGUAUAACCAAAACUUUUAAGUAAACAACGAAAAGUAUUAUACUAACCUUUUUUGUUAAAUGUUUGCUUAAGUUGAGUUUUUUUCCGAAUACGAAACAAUCAUUCGCUGAAAUUUAAAUCAUUAGAUCAUGAUUUUUUUUUUCUUUGUUACUUCAUGUCAUCUUUUUAAAAAAUGAGUCACUAAAAUUUCUUUUUUGUGCGAGUAUGUAAGAAUGUAUAUAAAAUAUGGCGUUUUCUUAGGUUUUAUUUUAAUGAGAAAGAAAAAGAAAAAAAAUGUGCUUUGCAUUUCUUUUAUCAUUUAGGAUUGAUGUAUGUACAAACUUCUCAAAUGAUAUCAAAUUGUUUAUUUUGUUUUUCAAGAAAUUAGUAUGACUACCUACAGACACAUUAGAAUACUCCUCUUUCUGGUUUAGGGACAACAUUUUGUGCCUGAAAUAUCCCCAGACAAAACCACAAGGCCAACAUCUCGUCUGGACAAAAUCAUAAUAUUGUUUUUAAGAAAUUUCGCAUAGGCAUAAUAUCAUGUAUUCUAAUUAUCAUUUAUUUUACAACAUAACAUGUUUAAAAAAAAUUAAAAAAAACCCCUCUUCUUUAACUUGAGUUUGAAACAGACAUCUCAUGUAUUUUUAUUGGAUAUACAUUAUAAAAGUUCACUAACCAUUACUAAUUUUUUAGGGGAAAAAAAUGCAAAAAAUAAACAUGUUCUUUUCUUUCAUUAAUAAAUACAGGGAACUAAAACAAAACAUAAUACACAAGUUGUAACUUGCAAUUUUAAUUUUUUUAUGUGUAAAAAAUAUUUCAAUUACCAUCAGUUUACUAACCCAAAUUGUCUAGGGCAAAUUAAAUAUUAGUCUUUGUAUAUGUUCACAACUUCAUAAUCUGAAAAAUCACCUUCAUUACUUUCGCUCACGAACGCCAUUUAUUAACUCUUUUUACUGUGCCAUUUAUUAACUCCCAAACUAAAAUUGGCAAACUUCCAAUCACAGCUGAUUAUUAUUAUCUUUUGUUUUACUUCUGGCCGAAUAAAAACGUGAUAAAACAAAACAUAUUGAGGAGUUCUGCAAUGCCCGAGUUCACUCGGGAUAAUAAAUAUUUGCAAUCUAUACAUACCCGAGUUAACUGGGGAUAAUCAGGGAAGCAGUUAAAAUGUAAUUAUGUUCGAAAUUCUAUUUUCUGAAGGCCUGCUGGUCAAAAAGGUGGUUUGUGUUCUUUACCACAUAUUGUUGUGUCAUUUAAGUGGUAUCUUCCGUUAUGACAUCAAUUACGUGAUAUUCAGUCUCCAUGCGAAGUUUGUCCACACGAGUUUUUGUCCUCUAUGUGGCCUUUUGUCUGAUUGACACAGAGUCCCCUCUUUCAGGGCUUCAGCUGCCAUGUCUUUCAAAUCACUGCCUUGGAAGCAUUGCUUUAUAUAUAUAUAUAUAUUCUCAGUACGCAUCUGUGGUAUGGGCUCAUGUAAGCUAUUGUGGAAGCUUAAUUGUUGCAAUCAUUCAAACAACCAUCCAGUGGAUAGAAUUUUUUUUUUAAUUUAUAGUGUUCCUCAAACAAAGGGAACAUCGGAGAACGGGUGCCAAUCACUGUGGUGUUUCAGGAGUGGAAUUAUUUAAACAACUGAAAUUAUUCUAGAUUAGGGGUGCACAACCUAUGUCCUGCGGGCCAACGUCUGUUGAUGUGCGGACUUCUGAACAUAGUAAAAAUUUCCUUAAAUUUGGUUUUUAUUUAAACAUUAUAAAUUUUCUUUUAUUAAAAUUUUUAAUUCAAAUUUAUAUUACUCUAUAAAAUACAUAUUUUUUUUCACUUUCAUUGGGGAAGCUUCUUUUUGGUUAGAAUUUAUAUCACCCCUUCCAAUAUUUAUGUGUGUGUGUAUAUAUAUGUAUUGAAAAAUAAAUUAUUGUGAAAAAUGGAAAAAAGUUUUUUUUUAAAAAUGUAUGUUUUUUUUAAAAACAAAUUCAAAUAAUUAAAAGUAUUUAAUUUUCUGCAAAUAUGUUGUUAUGUUUACUGAUAAAAAUAUCUGGUGCUUAGAGCAUUAAUGUUUAGAUAAAAAUCAUCAUAUUUGUCUCUAACAUGACUAAAUAUGCGUGCGGCCCUUCGUUAAUCUAUGUGUUGUGCAGGUGGCCCUUCACUCAAAAAAGUUGUGCGCCCCUAUUCUAGAUCCUUUUUUUUUUAAAUUCAAAUGCAGUAGAACUUCCAACAAAGCAAUUGGGAUCUGACCUAUUUUGCAUAAGUAAAGUUUAUUGAUUAUGGAGGUAAUAUCACUUUUUAAUCUACUUUACGACUAUCUCCUGUUUACCCAUAUAUUCUCAAAUUUCUUCCUAUUUAUUGAAGAAAUUUGUUUAAAAAAAUUUUGGGUGGUAAAAUGUUCCCUGAUGACAAAAAUACUUCUCUUAUUCCUCAACAGAUGGUACUAUUGCCAGUAUUACAGUGUGUUGAGUGCUAAUAGUUUUAAGUAAUUAUAAAUAAUGGUUUAAAAAAUCUUCUUUAGAUUAAGAUUUAUAUACAUAUUUUUUACUUCGCUAAAUGUAGGACUAAAUUAAUAUAAGAAUCAUAUUCACUGAAUUAUAUUUCCAAUUUUGAAUUUCUCUUUUUGAUUAUGCAUGAUGUAUUUAAAACCUUACUCGUAGCCUAAACAAUGUUGCUAGUAAAAUCUCUUCUUUUAUUUCUCCAAUGUUGACAGGUAUGAUUUUCGUCAAUAGUGGAAGCCUUUAAUAAUCACUAGUCUUAAUGAAAUGAGCGAUAAAUCAACACUAAUUGCAACUUUAAGAUUUCUUAUUUUAAAAAAAGCAACUUUUACUGCAUUAUUUAACGAAAUAAAAGGAGAAAUUGAAAAAUAACUUUGGUUAACUGAAGUAUUCAAAUGAAAGAGGUUCUACUGUAAUUGAACUGUAAGAGACAGAAAAUUGCACUCUAAGUGCAAUACGAAGCCCUUAUUAU